AUGGAUGCUUCCACUCAAAUGUCGGUGGAGAGGAAGAAUUUCUCGCAACAAAUUGGACACGAGGGCGAAUGGGAUACGAGCAGUUCAAGUUUGGGGGUGGAAAACGUGCAAAAAGAGAACAGGGAACAUGGAAGGGUCAAAUUCGUUCCAAUUUUGAAUCUCGAAAUGAGCAGCAAAAGAAAACAGAACGUGGGGACGCAAACUGGAGGCUGCUCAAAAGAAAAGGCUGUCCAAACGGAAUGGAGAUUGGAAACGAUAGAGAUACCUGAAUCACGGAAAAGCUCACGUCAAAAUGUGCUAUUGCUCCUAGCUCGCUCGUUCUGUUUUGAAAAGAUGCGACGCGAGUUUACAACUCCUCCACUUCUCUCGCCAAUAAAAGAAAAUAACUGCGAAAAUGGGGAUAUGGAAAAUGAUGACUGGACACAAUGGAAAGUGGGCGAGUUUAGAUGGAGCAUCGACAAUAAAGAAAAUAACUCAAAAGGAGAUGUAAAUGAGGGAAGAAAGAAAAGGGAGAAGAAUUGCGAAAUACAAGAAAUUACGCCUUCCAAGAGAAUAAAGGGGAUUCAGUGUCACAAGAAAGGAAGACAAAUUAACGAAAAGGAUCUGCAAACGCUCGUUGAGAAAAAUUGGGUGAACGACGAGGUCAUAAAUAUAUAUCUUGACAUGAUUAUGGAGAGAGGAAAUUUGGAGCAAAUUCAAUUUGAGAAGGUGUUUUGUUUCAACACAUUUUUUUUUCCGCGACUUCAUCUGAACGGAGAGGAGGCCGGGAGGAGAUGGACCAAGAAAGUAAACAUUUUCAAGUACGACAAGGUUUUUUUUCCCAUUCAUCUGGGAAAUCACUGGCGGAUGAUAAUUGCUGAUUUUGGAACCCAAAUUAUCACGUACUACGACAGUUUGAUGGGAGAAAAUUUGAGACACCUCGAAACUGUGCGUGACUACAUCACAUUUGAGGCUGUUCAGAAAAAUGAAGAUCGUUUCAAAGAGAACGAAUGGAAAUUUCGAGUCGAUAAAAGUGCUCCAAAACAAAAGAAUGGAUACGAUUGUGGAGUAUUUGUGUGUCUCUACGCGAAUUAUAUAUCCGUAAACAAGCCAUUCGAUUACGAUCAAGAUGAUAUUCCGAAAUUGCGUCUGAAGAUCAGCCAAGAAUUAAAAAACCAAGAGUUAGAUUAA